UGAAACGUCUUCACGUCAACUAACAGCUUGUCUAGAUACUUGCCCGGGCCUCGCAAGAAUGGCCACAGAGCCGGCUACUUUCCUCACUUUCGUGACGGCUUUCGGCGAUUUCCUCACAGUAGCCAUUCACACCAUACUGUACGAGCGAGGCAUCUACCCCAAAACAUCGUUCAUCUCGGCGAAAACGUACAACUUUGCUGUGCGGCAGAGCAGACAUCCAAAGGUCUGUGAAUGGAUCAAUGAUGCCGUCAAUGCUGUCGAGGAGGAGAUCCUCAAAGGAAAUGCCGAACUGGUGGCGGUAGUUAUCUACAGCAAGCAAAACAAGCCGAUUGAACGAGUAGUCUUCGACGUUUCGCGAUUCCCCGUCGUUUCCGAGAAUGAGCACAACGUGCCUCUGGAGGCGGCAGAUGGACCCGACAUGCCUGUACUGCCACUCGUUGAUCUUGAAGAGCAGAUGCGCGCCACUAUGAGCCGACUAUCGAAUUGUGGAGCCGAUAUGAAGAAGCUGCCAGAUGGUUGCACCUUUACAGUUGCAGUUGAAUUGCGGCCUGAUGGCGAAGCUCCACUCGAGCACCCGCAGCACUGGGUGCCAGCACAAGCACCUCUCGAUGAGCAACAGCCGAACUUGGACAAGCAGACCAGACCCGUUCGAGCUGUUCAUGCUGGCAGCAUGGCCUUCGAAACCUGGAUAGAAGAAAUUGAGGAAACAAGGCCAUCAGACACAAGUCAGAGUACUGGCAGUUGA